AUGAAGAUAUUUCAGGUCACAUUAAAGAGUAAAAAUAAACAAUUGAAGGAACGGGACAAUUUUGUGGGGGCUUCUUUUUUUUUUAAUAUCACGGAUAUCCCACAAAUGGAUUCCACUACUGGGCGCAAGCGGCGUGUUUCCCGUCACAUUAGUGAACUGUCGAACAACGAUGCUGAAGAUAGAGAACAAGUUUAUUCAAUCGACAGCAACGGGUCUAACUUGGAGUAUCAUGACGAUUACGGCUUUCGCAUCACCGCGCGUGAGAAGCUGGCGGAGAGUAAUUACAAAAGACUACACACACCAUCGUACCAUUUCACCCAUCGCUGGAUGGAUAUCUUAAGCGACUGGGAUCAGGUUCCAUUGAAGAAGAAGAAAAAGUACUGUCGAAUGGGCAGUCCGCAAGACAUCCGGGGCAAGGUAUGGCAGCUUCUUCUCGGCACCUUCAACAUCCAGAACACCCCAGGGAAAUGGGGUGUUUAUAUUAGGUUAAAGUCUAAACCAUUAGCAAAUAAUAUUUCAGAUGUCAUUGAACGGGACCUAGGUCGAACCUUUCCGACUCAAAUUAUGUUUGAGGACGGUACGAAGAAUAAUGGAAGGGAUAUACUCCGCAACAUCCUCCACGCCUAUGCAAAUUAUAACACUCAAGUUGGGUACUGUCAGGGAAUGAAUUUUCUUGUGGCCACUCUGUUAUUGCAAAUAUCUGAUGAAGAGAGCACAUUUUGGGCUUUUUGUGCUUUGAUGGAUAACCAACUUUAUCAGAUGAAGAGCCUUUACGAACCAGGGUUUCCACAGCUACACUGCUGUUUUUAUGUAUUGUGUAAGCUUCUAAAACUACAAAACAAAAAGGUGUACAAACGCAUGAAGGAGCUCAAUAUCGAGGGAGUCCACUUCGCCACUCACUGGUUCCUGUCAAUUUUCACUUAUCAAUUCAAUUUCAGAUUGAUUUCAAGAAUUUGGGAUAUGUUCUUGUGCGAAGGUUGGAAACCAAUCUAUCGUAUUGCGCUUGCUUUGCUGUCGAUGGAAAAGGAGCAAUUACUAGCACAACACUCCGAUUCUGACAUGCUUAUGGUACUCAGUACUAUUCAGGAGGGAAAAGAUCCGGAUGAGCUACUUAAGAACGCCCUUUCGGUUAAAUUUCGAACGAAGAAAGUUCACAAAUACAUUAAAAAAUUUCAGAAUCGGUAA